AUGACGCUGGAAGCGAUCCGCUACCGGGCCGGAGCUCUGCAGAUCCUCAACCAGCUGCUGCUGCCACACCAGACCGUCUACGAUGAGAUCCGCUCGGUGCAGGACGCUUAUGAGGCCAUCAAGUCCAUGAAGGUACGGAGGGGCUUUCUCCUUCUCCAUCUCCAUCCCUCUCUCUGCCCGCUGAUCGUGCAUCCAUCCCCGUCGUGCUCGUGCUUUUCCUCGGCUCUUUUGUGCGCCUCCAACCUCUGCACGCAUGUGUUGCCAUAUGCUCGCCGCCGUGCCCCCGCUCGCUGCUGUCGGCCUGUAUUUUUGUUUUGGAUGCACCUGCAGCACCCACAACUCCCCGAUCAUCUAACCCCCUCCAUCCUUUUAUGUUGUUUUUUUUUUCACAUUUCCAUGAGAAAGCGCGGUUAACUGUACCAGCACGCAUCAACCCACCCAUGAAAUCUGCUCCCCUCCUCCCUCUUUCUUUGGGAGAGAUUAUUGAUGAAUUAUUAAUGACCUUUGCCAGGGUUUUUUUUGUUCGCGUUUCGGUCUUGUGCCGCACUCAGUGACACCUCCGGCUCAUUUCUCUCUCCAUACCUGAAUCAGGGAUGAAGAGACAUGUCCAGGGAGUCACAUGUUGUCCAAAACUGGCUGGAGACGUUUCCAAAUGUGCACUUACAAUAUGAUCUUUUGUCUCCCACUCACAUACAGGAGCUCCACUUUGAUCCUGCGUGAGUGUGUGUGAGUGUGUGUGUGUCAGGGUGAGGGAAUCUACCACACAUAGGAAGGGUGAUGUCAUGAUAAUGGAGACUAAUUACAGAACCAGAAAUGACUUAAGGUUUAAGCCUAUCAUUUUUCUCUGAGCUGUCUUUACAACUAUUGCCUCAGUGAUCAUUCGCUUUAUCAUCUGUGUGGGGAAAUGAGAAACAGCUGUAGUAGGCAGGGAUGCAACGAUCCGAUAUUUGAUCUCGGUAUCGCCCGAUACUGGAGAAAAUUCUGGAUCGGAUAUCAUGACAAUGGGCCCGACAUACAACGCGAAAUUACGAAAUAUUCUGAGGCAAAUUUUGAUGCGCCUGACUAUACACAUCAAGUGCGAUGAGAUUUUGUGACUUUUCAGGGUUUUCUUAGACACUAGUGUUGAGAUGUCUGUCUGUCAUGAUAGCAUGUACUAAUUCGGGGCCAGUACCAGAUAAGCACAUUAAACUAUAAUCCAUAAACGUAAGUUAACAACCGAGACCUAAUGGCGCUGUGACAGCAACGCGAUUGAGUUUGAGACAGUGAAAAUACAUAUGGUAUGUUGUAUCUGAACAGGUUAGCUUACGAGCUAAAGUUACUUAGCACAGAUGAAAGUUAAAACAAAGACGUUUAGCAAACUGUUAAAGCACAUAAACCAUCGUCAUAUGAGAAAUCCGACGCUAUGACUCUCCACAAGUUGUCCUUCAGGUUGUAAUGUUUGUGUCUUUUAUCAAAAAUCACUCUGUUCUCCAACACGUAAACAAUCAGCCAGUUGGCCAUGUUGGAUAUAACAGUGAAUCAGACGUCGCAACAACACGAAAUCUGAUUGGUCAGAAGUGGACACACAGUAUGCGAAACUUUAGAAAAUUUGACUGCGAUACGAAAAAAUAAAUGCCGCAAUAUCGCAGGACGGGAAAAGGUCGCUGAUGUGAACGCUUGUAUUGACAGGAUACGGGUACGAAAAAAAAAUUUGACGUCCGAAAUAAUCGCAAUACCUGCGCAGUAAACGCGCCAAGGGGCGGUGGUAAAACUUCAAGUUACAAUAAAAGGUUAUUCAGCAAGUUUUUCUGUAUUGGAAUAGGAUCAGUAUCAGCCGAUACUAGACUGUAGAUAUCUGUAUUGGAGGUGAAAAAAGUGGAUCGGUGCAUCCUUAGUAGUCUGUGUCCAUGAAAACCGAAGAAUGUUACACUUACAUUGUCUCUUCUUGUCGUACAGGUACGGGGCGCUCCCGCCAUCGCCAUCGUGGGCUGCCUCAGCCUGGCUGUGGAGUUACGCGCAGGUGCCGGGGGUGACGACCCCGUGACCUUCAUCAGGGAGUCUCUGUGUCACUUAACCUCAGCCCGGCCCACUGCAGUCAACAUGGGCCGCGCCGCCCGUGAGCUGAUGGAGUUCGCCGAGAAUGAGAGCAUGGAGAAGAACUCUGAGCAGCUCAGAGAAAGGUAAGAGGGUGGGAAACAAAACUUGUCAGGAGUUUCUCUUCACUGUGGACGAGAAGAACCUUUUAGAAACGAGCCCUAAACUGUAAAUUUGUCUGCUAUAGUCUCGUUCACUCAUGUCCAAUUGUAUAGGAUUCAGAUUACAAAAUAUGGCCACGCCAUGGUGUAAGACAGAUGCUGGUUUGAAUCCCUUGUCAGAAAGGAGCUUCUCAGAUAUGUGAGUCCUCUUCAGUUAGUCCGGUUUCCUCCCAUGGACUUAAGAUCUGCUCUCUGGGUUAAUUGAUGUUUGGAUUGACUGUAGAUGGGAGUGUGACUGUGUGUCAGCCCUGUGAUUGACUGGUGACCUGUCAAGGGUGUACCCCGCCUCCUACUCUGUGCCAGCUGAGAUCAGCUCCAGUCCCAAGCGAAAGGGGGCAGUUGGUAUCGGAAAUGGAUGGCUAGACUUUCCUCAAUAAUUCCUUGAUAGUUUUUGGUCUCAUUUUGGACUUUUUACUUCUGUUUUUUCUCCUUCAGCGGCGGCGAGGUUGCCGUCUAGCAUGAGUCUGGUCCUGCUCAAGGUUUCUGCCUGUUAAAAGGAAGUUUUUCCUUAUCGCUGUCACUCAUGUUAGAUGAGAUGGGUCAAUUCUGUCCCAUCUUAAAGGGAUAUUCCGGCGUAAAAUUAAUUUAGGGUCAAACACACCGUAACAUUGAGUUAGAUACCACCUUGAGAGAUAAAUGUUGCCAAAUGCUUGCUUCUCUAGUUAUACCAACUUUAGUAACAACCGCACAAUAGCAAAACACAGCGGUCUGAGGAGCCAUAAACAAACCUCAACCAAAACGCUACUCUAUAGCCACAAAUAAUGCUCAGAACAGCACCUAACUUCAUCAACAGGACAUAUAGGGUCACAGCCAUAGUACUAGCCACCAAACAUCUUUUUACCUUUGCCGAAUUUCUUUAGCAAAGAGACUAAACACAACUCACCUACUCUCUUCCAGCAGCCACUUGUUUGUAGUGUCUUGGGAUAAUGACUGUUGUGAUUUGGCGCUAUAUAAAUAAAGUUUGAUUUGAUUUGAUCUGGGAGGUUUGAUAGUAACUUGUUCUCAUGUUUUAAUCUUCUCGCUCAUGUUAAAUUCUUACAGCUCUAAAGAGUAGAUGUGUGAACAUGUAGAUGUCAUUUAUCCCAGAGGUUUCACACCUAAUGACUGAUGCGCUGGUGGCUACUGUACACCAAAAGAAGCAGCAGUGCACCUGAAAACGCAGGUGAAAGGAAAACCGUUGGCAAGUAAACAUUCAAGUAAACAAUGCUUGCUUAAAACUACAAAGAAAAACGGAAAUGCGGGUGUUUUUAUGAGUUUAGAGCAUAUUUGUGUUUGAAAAACGUUUAUUUUGCCUCGGAGGGCAUACAAUACUGUCUGCGUUAAACAUUUGGCUUGGUUUAGGGAAAACUCUGCAGGACACCUUUAAGGAAAUCUCUGGUUGUUUGCCCUGACAUACAGAAUUAGUUACAGUGAAAAUGAAUGAUCUUUUAUCAUGCGCUCCUGAAUUCACGCCUGCUCCUCCUGAGCUGCUGCUGCUCCUGGAGCACAUCCUGCUUCAUUCAACAGCAGCUGCAGGUGUCGGUUUAAAAAAAGUUGUGAAAGUUAUCAGGCCAAACGAAAUGUGAAAACUUGUGUACUAUAAUUGGCAGAACCGUGAGAAGAUCAAACCAGAGAGGAAAAUAAGACCCCAGGAAGAGUUACUUUUACAUUUGCUCAGAAUCGUCAUUCUAGUCUGGAGUUGUGCAUGAGGGUAUGAACGUUUCGGGAAGAUUUAAUGUAAGUUAAAAUGAAAAAAUAAGGAGGAUAGUCUUCUGUGUCUUGGUUGGACAUGCACUGAUCCAGCACACUGGACUGAUAUGGACUGAAAUACUUUUUGAAGUGAAUCAGAUAUUGGCAAAACGAUCAGUCCCCAUGCUGUGCGGUUUUAUUAACAGCCUGAUUAUUAAAUACAGACGUUCAGCACUGCUUGUAUUUCUGGUAAAUGGAAACACAGAGCUGGAAACAGGAGUCGGUGUUGGUUAAAUGGCGCCCAGGUGUGAGCGAUCAGCAUCUGUACCUGGAGAGGGAAAGUUGGAGUGAGUGUUCCCGUGUUUGUGGUGAUUACAACAGCUGAGGGCGCAGAGUUAAUCAUGUUUCACAAUGAAUCUGCGCACUAGGGAUGGGCGAUAAAUUAUCAUUCACAAUUUAUCGUCAGAAAAUUCCUCCACGAUUAAUAUUUGGCGUCUCAGGAUAAAUACGAUAAAUGCAAGUUAAUGACAUAAGUGGAAGCGAUGGACUCACAGCCGUAGACCACACAGAGCAGAGUAACAAACAAACAUGGCCGAAGGUAAUGAAGAAGGCGUUUUUGAGCCGCUUGUUGCUAAAUAAGGCAACACAUUAGGGCUGGGCGAUGUGGCCUUAAAUCAAUAUCACGAUAUAUUGAACAGUUCACCUCGAUAAAGAUAAAUGGACGAUAACUACUCCACUAGCUGCUCACCCACCACCACAUUAACUUCGUCUACUUCAGCUGCUACAACUUUUAACCGUCCUCCAUCUCCUCACCUGUCUUUCCCUCUUUGUUACCGACUGGAUGGGGUGGAUUCAUGUCUCCAACGUAGGACAGCGUCUUAAAGGAACAUAAGUCCAUAGCCUACCUACACACAUCCAAAGCUAACUUUUAUUUCAAAAAUAAAGAUUUGAAUUAGAAUAUUUUUUAUCAGGACUUUUAUCGUUAUCGCCAGGAUAACGUGAUAAUUUUUUUAGCCCAUAACACCCGUCCCUAUUUUGCACUCAAAGCAGCAAAAGAAUAUCCAUUUCUCUUAAAUUAACAUUAUAUAGUUUGUGCUGCAGAAUGACGCCUGAGCAGCCGGCCAACAUGUUGGAUUAAAUGUAGCUAGUGGACAGAAAUGUGUUGUAAAAGAAACGGAUGACUGAAAAACGACCGUUGAGUAAAAAGUUCAGUGAGUGCAGUCCAAAGGUGUGGAUGAGAUGAGAAAGAGAGCUGAAGCCUGAAGUGAACUUAUAGUUAGGGAAACAUACGUUAGAUGGAGUAGGAGACAAAGUGGAGAGUGUUGGAACAGGAAUGUGUUUCUUAUUUCAACUAUUCCAGAAUUGAUGGACACAAUACGUCCUGAGCCUCUUCUCAAUUCCCACCUCUUUCUGCCCCCCCCCCUCCUGCAGUGUAAUUUCCUGGAUUGAGGACAUGCUGGAGCGUGACGUCAAUGACAACAGGAAGAUCGGUAACUAUGGCGCCCAGCACAUCCUGUCUGGCGUCCCGAGGGACUCGGUGACAAUCCUCACACACUGCAACACCGGCUCGUUGGCCACAGCUGGAUACGGGACCGCGCUGGGUGAGAAUGGAGGGAGUGGGUGUGAAUGAGUGAAGGAGUGAUGUUCAAAUAUUUAUCGCACUGUUACUGUGGUAAUGACCGUGUGUCUGUGUGAAGGUGUGGUGCGAAGCCUCCACGCGCUGGGCAGGCUGAAGCGUGUGUACUGCACAGAAACCAGACCGUACAACCAGGGAUCCAGAUUGACGGCGUAUGAGGCAGUAGCAGAGGGGAUCCCUGCUACACUAAUUACAGACAGCAUGGCCGCCCUCACCAUGAGAGAGAUGGACAUCACAGGUUUGUAUACGGUCUCUCUCUUUCUCUCCAACCUGACUCGUACCAUCGCUCUUACUUUCUCUCUCUGUCGUCCUCUCUGUCUUAGCUGUGGUGGUGGGUGCGGAUAGGGUCGUUGCCAACGGAGACACUGCCAACAAGGUGGGCACAUACCAGUUGGCCAUUGCCGCAAAGCACCAUGGGAUUCCCUUCUAUGUGGCUGCGCCCAGUACGUCCUGUGAUUUGAGCCUGGAGAGCGGCAGGGACAUCAUCAUUGAAGUGCGCCCCCCUGAAGAACUCACCAGUAUAAACGGAGUUCCUAUUGCUGCACCGGGUAAGAAAUAUGGGGAACUAGAGUGGGGGGUCUAAAAAAUUUAUCACAAUAAGAUUUGCCAUUCUGCUGAUAACGAUAAAAGUCCUGAUAAAAAAUAUUAUAAUUCUAAUCUAUAUUUUUGACUCAUUUUGUCUUGAAAACACCAGUUGGAGUCGUCAAAUAAGGUACUUAACCAUGAGUUUGAGUGGUAGGUUAUAGAGAAAACUAAUGACAUCAAACAAAUCCUAAAUGUGAAAACAUUUUCAGCAUUUGUUAAAAGCUCUUAUUGCACAGAGUGAACAGCAGCAGACCCACUGUCCGAUGUCAGGAAUACCUAUAGACUGUAUAUAGAAUGGACAGCGUCUGCCUCCUUGCUGGGUGAAGUCACUCCGAGAACAGCUCCCUCUGGUGACAGGCUGCAGUAUAGGUCAUAAAUCCCGCCUCCGCCAGCAAAGCUUUUGGAGCUGUGGACAAACUUUAGAAAUUUAUUACACGAACAUAAAUUUUUCUCCCCUCUGCUUGUGAUGUUGACAUAUAGUUACUGUAAGACUGAUUUGUGCUCAAGUCCUCUUUUUUUCUGUGAAGCUCAGAUUUUAAAAGUUAUCAGGGGGUUCAUGUUUUCUAUAAUUGACACUUGAUACAGCCGCUGGGCGUACGAAGAUUGCGUAGCUCACCCGGGGAUAUGCUGUUUGAGCUGAACGUCAUCACAGGGAAUCUGGGCGACUCUCCCGCUGAAUGCGUACAACGCUUUUGCGCAAGGUUGGUUUUAAGAAAUGGAGAAAAACGCGGAAUUACAGAGAGCUUUUGGCUUCAAAUCCGUAUACUGGCGGAAGGCAGAACCAAGUUGUCCAUAAUAUAUACAGUCUAUGGUCAUACCGGAGUCCCAAUCUUGAAGGACAUCCCUCAUGUGGAGCCUCAUUCAGUAACCAGCUGCUCAGAAACGUCGUCUUCAUUACCUUUAGCCAUGUUUGUUUGUUAUUCUGCUCUGUGUGGACUACGGCUGCGAGUCUGCCGCUUGUGCUCACGUCAUCAACUUCCAUUUAUCGCAUUUAUCAUGAGAUGGCAAAUAUUUAUCAUGGAGGAUUUUUUUGACGAUAUAUCGUGAAUGAUCAUUUAUCGCCCAUCCCUAGUACUAACUCUAAAAAACAUCAAGUUCAGAUGAGGACUUCCAGCCGUGAGAAAACAUCAGGCUCUGAGAGACAGAUGAGCCUGGCCCAGUUCCAGUGAUCACCCUAAGCUCCGAUGUCCAAGUCCUGAACCCUCACAGACUUAAAAUGACGUCACAUGUGGUUGAAGUGCCAGAAAGAAGAAGGAGUAAAGGCUCGAAAUGCAGUUUUAAGAUUUGAUUAUGUCACUGAAAUGCAAUGAACCGGGGCGAUCCCUUGAUAGUCUGCAAACUGAACAAAUCUGUUCAAAAGGGUCUUUUUUUAAAGCACAAUAGGUCACGUUCGAGCCUCUACAGACCUGUGGGUCAGUGACAUGGUGUGUACAUGUGUGAGUGAGUUUGUUAGAGCUGAAUCGAGUCAUUUGAUCUCUAAUUACGUGACCAGAGCAGAAAAGUGCUCAGUGACAUCACAGUAAUUAAAGCGCAGUCACUUAAUGAGCUCACAAGCCUCUGGAGAGGAGAGGAUGUGCGCCUGUACAUCUCCAUCUCUCCGUAACUUCAUUCCCACGCUCAGCUCUGCCCUCCCUUCAAACGGAGUAUUUUUGAGAUUUAAUUAGAUGCUGUUUCUGUGUUUUACUUCGAAACAAUGACUCCUAUUGAGAGACCACCACCAGGAAUAAAAAGAUUAGACUAACGGUGUAGAGUAGUAAGAGUUGGAUGCAUCCGAGUGCCAUAGAUCUACAGUCAUUGUUUGAAUUCAGACCCACAGUUGUACAUUGUGAUCUUACUUUAAAAACUGGUUUAUUGCAGAUUGUAUACAUGCACUGUCCUGCUACAUUUGAAGUUAAAAAACACUCCUCAGUCUUUAUCCCUGUUUGAGAUGAUUGCAGAAACGAAUAUUGAACCUUUUACUGUCUGUGAAAGUAACCUCAUGUGCUUUAAUAGAAGUUUACAUCUGUGGCUCGGGUCACACUGACGGUCAAGUCCAAAAUGCUGAGCAACUGGACUCACAAAUAACCGACUUAGAAAUAUUGCCUCUGUUAAAAUACAUCAAAAACAUCAACGGUUAAAGCUUGAACUGUGGAGAAACAAUGGAAGCAUUUAUUUAUUAGUAUUUAAUAUUUCGAAGGAGACUUGGAUGAAGUAUUUCCCAAAAAUGAGUAUUUUCACUGGUUCUGUCUCUUCGUUCAGAAAUGAGUAUGUGGUAUCAUCAGUGCAUCCUAAUUUGAAAUAGUUUCAGACACAGCAGUGGCUUUAGGUUUUCAGGGACCCCUGGGUGGUCUUUAAGGGGGACUGCAGCUGUAUGUGAGCCGCUGGUAUCCCUGAUUCAGAACGGUCCUGAAGUCCGUUGUCUGCUUGAAAGUCUGUCCUUUGUAAAAAUGUGUUUUUCUCAGAUCGGCAAAGAUGACACGAUCACGCUGCUUUCAGCAGGCAAUAACUAAACACAGGAGUGGGUUAGAGAUGAACUUUUUUUUCUGAUGAAAGGAGAGCAUCACCCCUUUCUGUUGAGAUAUUGCACUUGAAUCUAGUCCAAGCACGAGAUAUUCUGGGGGUCCUGAAAGAUACGACAAUGUUCUAUUGCAGUCAAUGGUGGCACUGGGUGAAAACUGCAUAAAUGAACCUGACGCUGAAUGAGUUAAGUACCUCAUACAGUCCCACUUAAGAGUUUAGUUGAGGAACCAAAUAAAUUAUUAACAUUCUGCAUUAAAUGUUCAAAUAAACACCCUCCUGAUUCUUUAACCGUCUCACUUUAACUCUGUUUUUUUAUCGUUUAGGUAUCGAGGUGUGGAACCCAGCGUUCGAUGUGACCCCUCACCAGCUCAUCACAGGAGGCAUCAUCACAGAGCUCGGGGUCUUCCUCCCCUCGGAGCUCCAAGCAGCUCUCACCGGCCGCCUCACUGCCCUCUAA